AUGGGGCCAGCAGUUCUAUGUGGGCAGGGACGAUGGGGUGGUGAGCGAGUGGAGCAGCUGUGCCACAUCUGGCUGGUAUGUACCCUCUGGUGCUGCAGGGAGAGGCGGUCCCUCUCUGUCCCACUGCUCCCUCCCAGCUGUCACCAUAGCAGGAGGAACCGCCCCCAUUUUGGCUGGCAGCUGUUGCCUCCCCCCCUCCGUGCUCCCCACCUUCCAGCAGCUCUGCUACUUGACAGAUCAAAUCACAGAGCCACCAUCAUGUCAGAAAACAAAGGGGCGGCAGGCGUCGGUCAGCCCAUCGUCACCACGGAUUCUGCAAACGUCAUCAAAGUGAUGGUGAAGACCCUGAAGCAGAAGGAGCAAUUUGAGGUUGCUCAGAGCAGCACCAUCCAGCAGUUCAAGGAAGACAUCGCCACACGUUUCCAAACUCCCCCUGAUCUGCUGGUGCUGAUAUUUGCUGGGAAGGUCCUCAAAGACCAUGACACCCUGAGCCAGCACCGAGUCCACGAUGGGGCCAGCAUCCACCUCGUCAUCAGGUCCCCAAAGAGACCGCAGGACGGCCAGGCAGACCAAGGAGCUGCAGCUGCCCUCGUGCAGCCUCCCAGCCACAGCGGUUCCAAUUUGUUCCUGGAGAGCAUAGCUGAUGUGCACAACCUGGUCUUCAUCCCUCAGAACGUGCCGGGGCUGCUGACCUCCAGCCAGGAAAUAGUGGCCCAGACCACGGAAGACCUCUUGUUCAGGAUGAUCAACUCAGAGCUGGACCUGAACACCAUCAACAACAACAUGUUCUUGCUGGGCUUCCUCCUGGGGGUGACGGGCACAAACAUCCUAGGGUUGGACUCAGCGGAUGUGUCAGAGGUGGUGAGCAGCGUUCAAGGCCCCGGCGUGUCCACGCACAGCUUGCUGAGCGAGGUGGCACAGAGCGCCUUCAGGCAGAGCAUCCUCUCCAAUCCCAACCUGGUCAGCGAUAUCAUCACAUCCAGCCCCCAGAUGCAGCAGCUGGCUGAGCAAAACCCUGAGAUCAUCCGCAUGCUCACCAGCUCACACACAGUCAGGGACAUCCUGGAGGCCUGCAGCAGCCCGGCUGUGAUGCAGGAGAUGAUAAGGAACCACGACCUGGCCAUGAACAACCUGGAAAGCCUCCCUGGGGGGUACAGCGUUCUGGAGCAGCUGUACAGGGAAAUCGAGGAGCCCAUCCUGGAUGCGGUGCAGACACAGAUGGAGGACAACGUGUUUGCUGCCCUGGACAGUAACCCAGCCCCGGGAGGAGCCAGGCUGCCCGCCCGCACCGAGAACCGCCGGCCGCUGCCCAACCCUUGGGCUCCGCAGCCCAGCAGAGGCGGCGAUAAUGCCUUUGAAUGGGAUGAGCACUUGGCCAACAGCAGUGAGAGUCUUAUCGAGGUGAACCUGGGGCCCGCCGUGAAUGUGGUGGAGCCCAGCCUGGGAGGGGUGCAGAGCAUGGUGCAGCAGCUGACAGAGAACUCGGAGCUCAUGCAUGGCCUGGAAAGUGUGAUAACAAACCCUGGCAGCCCGGUACAAAUGCUGCUUAAUGGUGAUCACGCAUCGAGUGAUGGAAACUCCCCACCUGAAAACCAAAGCACACAGCAGCUGCCGCCGGAGAUGGAGAACGCGGAGAUCUCGUCGCUGCUGAGGAACCCCCGGGCGCUGCAGGCGCUGCUGCAGGUCCAGCUGGGGCUGCACACCCUCAAUGCAGAGGUGCCCGACUUCAUCCUCAGCCUGGGCGAGGCGCCCGUGGAGCUGGAGAGCAUGGACAGCUCGUCACAAAGCAGCGAGGUGGAGGACGUGAGCCUGGAGUCAGAGCAGAGCGAGGAAGAAGAGCAGGCAGAGAUGGAUGAGCAGGAGCCAUAGGCCAGACCCGAGAGGCGCAGCAUCUCCGUGUCAUGGGCUUCCAGGACCAAAGGCCAAACUGCAGGCUCUGGGUGAUGCAGGAGGAGAGAUCAGAGCAGCAGCUGAGGUGCUGGCAAAAGAACCUCCGUCCAACGGGGCACUGCAGCUGGCUCAUCCCAGCGAUGAAACGUGGUUGUUGAUGGUCGUGUUUCAGUCUCGUCACACACUAAAAGCAGCAAGGUACAUA